AUGUAAGAUAAACCUUACCAAGAUAACAAAUAGAUAAGAAACCUCUCUCAAUAAUCUAAUUACCUUUAGAAUGAGCAUCCAAUGUCUAUCUCAGCUUACCAAUCUAAAUUAGUUGUUAAACAAUGCUAGUUACUAUAAUUUAUUUAACGUCAAGAACACCUUAAAUGCUAAUUAAAUUAACUUCGAAAAACCAGAUAAUUUAGUUAACAACAAGAAAGAAAAACUUUUGCAACAAAACCUAGAGCCUUUAGUAUUCAUCACAAAGAUCAACUAUGCAAUAAUAGCCAACCGAAUUUGAUUAAUGACGACAGUAAUAAUGAAACUGAUCACUGUUAGUUUUAAAAACGAGAAUUUUAAUCAAAUAACUUCUCUACUUUUUGUGACAAUUCUUUAAAAAAACAAAAAUUCUUGCCUCCUAUGAAUCCACCUAACUAAGAUCCAUUCCUUUAGACAUUUGGAAAAUAAAUGGAUUUAGUAUCCAAAAAUAGAUUUCCUAAGGAAGUUUUCUUGGGAAAUGUAAGCAAAAUGAAAAAACAGUUUUAGUAAAACUUUUAUCUAUGA